GCUCUGUUGAAGAUGGACUGUCAGGGUCUUGUGGCUCGACUCGUCAUGGACUUUGUUCUUCUGACCACGGCCGUGGAGCUGGCCGGGCGCUGGAGGGAGUUGGCCGAGAGGCUCGCUAAGGUCUCGCGUCAGCAGAUGGACGCGUACGAGGCGCCGCACCGUGACAAGAACGGGGUGGUGGACAGUGAGGCCAUGUGGAAGCCGGCGUACGACUUCCUGGUCACGUGGGCGGCUCAGAUCGGCGACAGCUACAGGGACGUGAUCCAGGAGCUGCACAUGGGCCUGGACAAGAUGAAGAACCCCAUCACCAAACGCUGGAAGCACCUGACGGGCACGCUCAUCCUGGUCAACUGCCUGGACGCCCUGCGGAGCUCCGCCUUCAGCCCUGCCGCUCAGGAAGACUGCGCCAUCUGAACUCUCUGUGUCACUCGCAGUGUAAAAUGCCACUACUGCUGUUACAGAUGUUGUGUUCCUGCGGCGCUGCCUUCAGCUCCUCGUGCCCGGGGGAAUGUCACUGACCACACGUCUCCGCCACACAUCACGCGCUGUGUGGAGCUUGCAGUAUUCACAAAGACUCUUUUAAUAGUUCCUGUCGUGCAUAGUUAUGUAUUUUUAUACUCUUAUUAUGACACAGCAUUUUUUAAAGCAACACUUUGAAACCUUUUGGUUUGUAACUGUGGAUCGAACGCCAAGACUCUUUUAGAUCUCGUAUCCUGGUCACAUGUCAAAGCUCCUCUAUUUAUUUAUACAUCCAAGAGAGAAGUGACUUCUCGUCUUCAGGUUCUGUCUCUGUGGUCUGAUCCCUGUCAGUCAGUCAGGAUCAUUUAUCAAACCUGCACAUCUUUCAAACUGUCCGCUGAUAAAUCACUUACAUUCAGUCGUUUGGAGAAGAUUCAUCAUCUGCAGAUUUUGAUGAUGAUGAAUCAUCUCAGCUUCUCCAAUGCUUUUUUAUUUUCACAUCAUGAAAAAUUGAAAAUCUUCAAAUCGUCCCCAGCAGGAAUCUGAAAACGUCUUUUAAACAUGUUGUGAUGAUGAAACUAAAAUUUUUUCAUUCUUCACUUUGUAAACAAUGAUCUCAACUCAAGGAUCCACCUCCUCCAUUUGCUCUUUUGACCGGAUCAGGUUCUUCAUCAGCAGCUGGAUCGUUUUAUAUAAGACUGUUAACAGGACGGCCACGUGGAGGAACACAAACAUUAAUCAUGAGCUGUCUUAAGAAGAGAGUUCAGCUCUUUGUGCACUGGAAUCUGCAGAAAGAGGAUUUAGUCUUAAUCGCUGGUGUUUGACCUGAGAGCUGCGUCCAGGUGACGGUUCUGCAGCGGAGUGCUGCAGGACUUCUGUCUGCUCGGGUUCAGUGUCUCAGAAGUCGUGUUUGUAGAUCCACAGUAACUCAGCAGAUUUCCCCUCAUCUGUGGCAAAGUGAGGGAGUCGACCUUGAGUUGAGAUUUCUUAUCCGUUCAUCUGCUGAAUAUUUUUUCUGAUUAAUCAAUUAAAAUAAUUAUUUCCAGUUGUACCUUAA